GUGUGCCGGCGUGGUGCGCGCAGGCCCCUCAGCCAUCGACCAUCCGCUUUUUUUUUCUCUUCUUCUUCUUUUCUUCUCAGCGCCAAAUGAGGAAGGUGUCGGUUUGCGAUGCCAGGGGCUGACCUCAGGGGCCAACCUCCGCUGCUGACGUCGCUCCUCCUCGCGGCUCGUCGUCGCCGCGCAGCCCCGGAGUCCCGUGGCGCUGCGAGUCUCCCGCCGCGCUCGGAGGAGGCGAUGCCUCCGCACCAUUCAUUCUCAGGCAGGCGCGCAGGACGAGCGCACGGACCGAGCCCGACUCCCUGAGACCAGGCGACGCGCAGGCGACAUGGCGGAGGAGAGCCGGGGCAAACGACGGAAACAAGCCAACCCCCGGAGGAACCGAGUGGACGCUGAACAAGUGACUUCCCUGGGAUCGGAGGGGGAGGAUGAGGUGGGCCUGUGGAGCCUGGAGCCCCAGGACUGCCAGGAGAGCCUGGACAAGACGAGCCUGACGCCCAGCGAGGGGACGGAGGAGCCCGGCAGUCCCGCUCGCUCCGCGCGGCCACACAGCCUCAGCCCCGGCAGCAGGAACUACUGGUUGCAGGUGGAGCCGGAGGCCGAAGGCGCCGAGGACGCCAUCCCCGCAUCCGCCACCGACCGGGAAGGAGACCAUGACACAUUGAGGAUGUACUGUAAGAGCUCAGACUCCCAGAAUGCCUUGGAGGACCUGGCUCACUAUGAAUUUCUGGCCCAGCUGAAGAAGGCCUCCACCUCCGCCAGUCUCUUGGACCGCCUGAGCCACAAUGGCGCGGCAGCGGCAUACCACCAGGGCAGCAGGCACGACGACCUGCCGCCUGCUAUCUGGUCACCAGGAGCUCAGCACUGCUCACCUGAGGGAGCAGAUGCGGAGAGGAACCAGCAAGUUUGUCCGUUCUGCCACAGGAUGUAUCAGCGAGGAGCCACUUUGAGGGAACACAUCAAGUACUGUCAGGAGAGGGAGGGGGGCCACAUGGUCUGUCCACUCUGUGGAUACACUGCCCCCCAUAGGGCGCAGAUGGAGCAGCACCUGGCACUUCACAAUCAGAUGCAAGACAAGAGUCCCAUCACGCUGGAUCAAGGCGUGGAGACCAGGAAGUUCAAAUGUAUGCAGUGUGGGAAAGCAUUCAAGUACAAACAUCACCUCAAAGAACAUCUCCGCAUCCACAGUGGUGAGAAACCCUACGAGUGCUCCAACUGCAAAAAGCGUUUCUCUCACUCUGGCUCCUACAGCUCCCACUUGAGCAGCAAAAAGUGCCAUAGUGGUGGAGGAAAUGGAGGGGGAAAUACAGGAGGAGCCAGCGGGGCAUUUAUUGGACAUAGCCAAAGCCCCUACCACCCCUCAUUUCUCCCAUCUCCCUCUGCAGGCAGGGGGAGAAACAGUAAUGACAAGGGUUCUCCUUUGUCUUCGCAGAACCAAGAUAACUCCAGGUCUCUGGGCCGAGUACCAGAGGAUCCUCAUCAGCUUUUGCUGCACGACCCCAACCAAAACCCUGCAGCCUUCGCCAAAGCUUUGGAUCUGGCUCGGCUGUGGGACCCCUCAGCAGAGCUGUCUCUGAGGGCCAGUCUCCUCAAGGGGACCACCAUGCUGCCUUACCACUACUCUGGGUCCAAGUUUGAGCAGAUGCUGCAGGAGAUGCUUCACAGGGAGGUGAAGAAAGAUGAGGAGAUGGACAGAGGAGGUGACGCUGCAGCAGAGGAAGGGCGGGUGGCUCACAAUGGUGGAGGGCCCGAGAGGAAAAUGUCUCCUGAGAGAAGGAGAGAGUCAGGUGAAGGGGAGAGAGGUGUGCUUGGGGUGACGUGUCGCUGGUGCUCCCAGCUUUUCCCCAACGUGGCAGUGCUCCUGCAGCACGAGCGCUACCUCUGCAAGAUGAACCGCGAGGCAGUGGAGGUGCUCGAGGGUCUUCGCAGCAAAGACCACUCCUCACCACCUCUGUUCUUCCCCAGAUCAUCGCUCCAACCAGAGAACAGCAAACCAUGUGAACUCACCAAUGGCCUCUCUGGAAACAACUCCCCAUUGCACAAGCCCGGCUGGCACGCUGUGCCGCAGCAGCUUCUGAUCGCGAUGCACUCUCCCCCACAGCACCGCCAUGACGCCCUGUCCUCACGUGCAUAUUGGUCCAGCCAGGAAAAGGGGAGCCCGAGCCAACCAAUCAACAGUUCCCCAAAUCUGUCAUCCCCCAGAGCCCGGAGAAGAGUUCCUUCCUCAGGAUUCAGCUCUCCCGUGUGCCUCGACCCCACCAACUGCCUUCCUGAGAUCUCCUCGCCUCAGAACCGGACUGGCAGCCCCUGGUCGUCGCAGAACGAACCUCUGGACCUCUCCCUGCCCAAGCAGCUCUCCGACCAAGAAGGGAGGAACAAGGCUGUCAACGGCAGCUCAGCCAGAGGUGAGAAGAGAGAGCUUGGGACCCAGCAGCAGCUGAAGAGACUCAUGUCCAACUUAAGUCCAACUUCACACCUACCCUUUCACCACCACCCGGUCUACAGCGGGGCCCGAGCUCCUUUGUUUCCAGGGUCCUUGUACAAUGGCUUUUCAAUCAUCAACCAGUCCGGUUUGGGGUACUCAGGACAUGAUGCCAUCACACCGAUUCCAUUCAGCCAGCCAGCUAAUAGCGCUGGGUUUCUCUCUCCUAUGGCUUACAUGAUGGAGGCAGAUGCAGAGGCCACGCUGAAAAAGAUCCACCAGGAGAGACAAGCUAUCAUGGGUGAGGUGUUAAGCCGCGGAGCUCUGGACUACCUCUCUCUAAUGGAUGAGAGCCUGGAGGGAGAGGGCGGGCCCGGGAGGAAGAGGCUGAAGAAGACGGACGAGGGGAUGUACGCCUGUGACAUUUGCGAAAAAACCUUCCAGAAGAGCAGCUCUCUGCUACGACACAAAUAUGAGCACACAGGCAAACGUCCUCAUGAGUGCAAGAUCUGCAACAAGGCCUUCAAGCACAAGCACCACCUGAUCGAGCACAGCCGGCUGCACUCCGGAGAGAAACCCUACCAAUGUGACAAAUGCGGCAAGCGGUUCUCUCACUCCGGCUCGUACUCCCAGCACAUGAACCACCGCUACGCUUACUGCAGCAAGGACCAGGAUCCAGACCAAGACCACGAGGAGAUGCCUUUCACCCCGGGGGCGGGCAACAUCGUUCUCUCGGGUCGGCUGGCGGACGAGACCCCGCUGUCUGCGGAGGACACUCAAACCCCACACUCUUUCCUCAGCGAUUCCAGUCUGGACGGAGCCCCAGAGGGACUCAAAGGGGAAGAGGAAGAUAAAGAGGCAGGAGUUAGUGACGGCCAUUUGGAAGAGGCACAUGGGAGUCUGUCAGGGGAGCAGUUGGAAGGUCACCCGGUCCAAGAUUCACCUCCGAGGGAGCAUGGAGAUCAAAAAGAGAGAAACAACUGCGACGUUGGAAACCAUACUGACAGUGCAGACAGCCACAUGUGGGACCGCGGCUCCGAGGACCAGAGUGGAGACUUGGACAAAUAUGAACUAAGCCUGGAUAUAACAGAUUUACCCAGAAUAAAAACUUAGGGUGACUUUAACAAGCCAAUACAAUGCAUAUACUGUACAGUAUAUAUAAAAGACUUGAUAAUUCUUUUUUUUAUCUAUCAUAUAUAUAUAAUAGCUCCACCGAUUUUCUUUUUAAUUGUAUAACAUGAAAAUGCACAAAAACUGCCAAAGCAUAAAAUGCCUUAAAGUGGAUCAAGCCAUACAACCAAAAUAUAUGUGACAAUACAAAUUAUAGUAUUUUAUCAUGCAAAAUAGAUUUGAUGUACCUGCAGUGUUCUUAUUUUGUUUGUUUGUUUUAAAUACAUUUUGGUUUUUUUAUACUUAAAUCUUUAUAAUAAAAAAAAAUUCCAUAAUGUUUUUGCCAGGACAGCUACAAUGUUUGGGUUGAUUUUCUGAGGUCAUGCCACAUUUUUAUACGCUUGCUGCUGCUGACUGCUUUGGUAUUUUUUUUUUUUUUUUUUUUUUCAUUGUUUAAAAAUUUCGCCUGUUCACAUGUAGAUACACACCAGUGAUCGGGGUCCUGUGUGAUUGACUGCCGGACAGAGGGACAUCUAUUACUAAGGUUACGGCCUCAAGAUUAAGCACGUACAUUAGGUACAUAAGAAACUCAUAGAUUAUCCCAAAUCACAUAGUAAAGAAUUACUGCUAAAAAAGGAGAAGAUAGAUUUAAAAUGACAACCCAUGCAAUUUCACAAACCAUAUUGGUCAUUACUGUCAUGUUUUCUUUCCAGGAUGUGGUGUUAAGCCGCAGAGCUCUACAGACCCAUCAACAGAAUCACCUGUGGCCUUGUUAGAAUGUUUACUCCUCGUAAUAAGCCAAAGGAAUUUUUUUGGGGGGGGGAAUAUCCUGUGGUAUAUUUUGCCACACGUCUUUACCUCUAUUUUAAGAAUUAGCAAUAACCGUUUUCGACUAAAACGCCCGUGCAGCUUUUGCUUUGUCCCAAAACCAGCGAGUGCGUGAGUAAACAGUAUACAGUAGAAAGUGAUCGUAGCCAGGACUUUUGCCAUUAAUGCUGUGAAAUCACAAGGUACAACCAACUCAUCUCUUCAGGGUAACUCUGCUGCUCAGUGGCUUUAAUUAAUCAGCAAUUUACUUAGUAUUUAGAGCGAGCGGUAAGAACAGGAAGAAACUGGGGGGCAUGUUGAUUAUUUAUUUUUUAAACAAGCAAAAAAAAAAGGUGGACUGCACCAUAUUUAAUUGUGUGGAACAGUCAUCUCGCACUGUCUCACCGUUUGUCCAAUAAUCACUCGGCGCUGCUUUUUUUCAUUUGAUGCCAAAAGGUCUCGUCAUGUGCUACAGCCUUUUUUCACACUUGUGGAACAAUGAGGUGUCACACUGUUCAGGCAGUCUGUUGAGAUGUGGCGAGAGGGUCAAGACUCAGGACACGUACAUCUUCUUUUUCUUCUUUUUGUACUUCCUCCUUCUGACUGCAGUGUAGUCAACGUGCCUCAGAUGUGCUCAGUCCGACAAAGCCUUGGUACGACAAGAUAAGAUGGUGGUGCAUGAGGUGUGACUAAGUGUGUGUGUUCGUGGGAGUGUGUGUGUGUGUGUGUGUGUGUGUUUAUCACCAAAGAUAUGCAUAUGUGACACGCCAACUGCCAUCCUACUCUUGCGUAGUUCCUCACCUGUUAUUUCUGUGUCCCAGAAAAAAACAAACAUUUACUUUCACUGCACACAUUUUAAUGUAAAGCAGUAGUUUUCUUUUUUUCUACCGCCACAAAUGCAACUUUUGUAUUAACGUUUUAUAUAUAUAUUUUUUGCAUGUUUGUGGAUGUUUGUAAUAAAAUUGUACAUAUUUUA